AUGAGCCCGUUUCCGGGGCUUGAUGAAUCCGGGGCCUAUGGCCAUUCGUGUCAGACCUUCGCAACAAUUCGUCAGCGUACCACACCGGAGAAAUGGUCUGCCAAUCGUCUUGGUGAAAGUGACCGUCAUUCUGAAUUGGUGUUUCGGUCAUUUCGAAUAGUCGCUUUAGGGACCGGAGGCUGUGAUGGAUCCAAGUGGUCAGGAGCAGUGAGCGCGAAAAUCACUUCUUUUCCAGUCGCAUUUCAUCUCCUUGCUUCAGGAUAA